GGAGUUUAUUUCCACCCCCUUCCCUCCUGUUCUCUCUCCUCUCUCUCUCUCUCUCUUUUUCCGCCCUAGCCGGGGUGAGAGGAAGAAAAAGAGACAAGAGGAUUGCAUCUGUCCCUUACGUUCCUGAAAUUGGCUAUCAGCAAGACCGGCUAAGCGGUUGCACCUUCUUCAGUCCUGCACAGAAAGAACAAAAAAUAUUAACCCGAAAUACCGAGUCCCCUGCCCGGCAAUUUGUUUUGUUUGUUUGUUUUUUUUUUUGGCCUUGAAGCUGCCCUCUUGAAAUCAAUUUUUUCCCAGGAGAGAGAUGUCUUAUCAGGGGAAGAAAAACAUUCCACGCAUCACGAGUGAUCGUCUUCUGAUCAAAGGAGGUAAAAUUGUUAAUGAUGACCAGUCAUUCUAUGCAGACAUAUACAUGGAAGAUGGGUUGAUCAAGCAAAUAGGAGAAAACCUGAUUGUUCCAGGAGGGGUGAAGACCAUCGAAGCCCAUUCCCGGAUGGUGAUCCCUGGAGGAAUUGACGUCCACACUCGUUUCCAGAUGCCCGACCAGGGAAUGACGUCUGCUGAUGACUUCUUCCAAGGAACCAAGGCAGCCCUGGCUGGAGGAACCACCAUGAUCAUUGACCAUGUGGUUCCAGAACCUGGGACGAGCCUGCUGGCCGCCUUUGACCAGUGGCGGGAAUGGGCCGACAGCAAGUCUUGCUGCGACUACUCUUUGCACGUGGACAUCACUGAGUGGCACAAGGGUAUCCAGGAGGAGAUGGAGGCUCUGGUGAAGGACCACGGGGUAAAUUCCUUCCUCGUGUACAUGGCCUUCAAAGAUCGCUUCCAGCUAACGGAUUCCCAGAUAUAUGAAGUCCUGAGCGUGAUCCGAGACAUUGGCGCCAUAGCCCAAGUCCACGCAGAAAACGGCGACAUCAUUGCAGAGGAACAGCAGAGGAUUCUGGAUCUGGGCAUCACGGGCCCCGAGGGACACGUGCUGAGCCGACCUGAAGAGGUCGAGGCUGAAGCUGUGAAUCGCUCUAUCACCAUCGCCAACCAGACCAACUGCCCACUGUACGUCACCAAGGUGAUGAGCAAGAGCUCGGCCGAGGUCAUUGCCCAGGCCCGGAAGAAGGGAACUGUGGUGUAUGGCGAGCCCAUCACUGCCAGCUUGGGAACAGAUGGCUCCCACUACUGGAGCAAGAACUGGGCCAAGGCUGCUGCCUUUGUCACCUCCCCGCCCCUGAGCCCCGAUCCAACUACUCCAGACUUUCUCAACUCCUUGCUGUCCUGCGGAGACCUCCAGGUCACUGGCAGUGCCCACUGUACCUUCAAUACCGCCCAGAAGGCAGUAGGAAAGGACAACUUCACCUUGAUCCCUGAGGGCACCAAUGGCACCGAGGAGCGAAUGUCUGUCAUUUGGGACAAAGCUGUGGUCACCGGGAAGAUGGAUGAGAACCAGUUUGUGGCUGUGACCAGCACCAACGCAGCCAAAGUCUUCAACCUUUACCCCCGGAAAGGCCGCAUUGCUGUGGGAUCCGACGCCGACCUAGUCAUCUGGGACCCUGACAGCGUUAAAACCAUCUCCGCCAAGACACACAACAGCGCUCUCGAGUACAACAUCUUCGAGGGCAUGGAGUGCCGCGGCUCUCCGCUGGUGGUCAUCAGCCAGGGGAAGAUUGUCCUGGAGGACGGCACCCUGCAUGUCACCGAAGGCUCCGGGCGCUACAUCCCCCGGAAGCCCUUUCCGGAUUUUGUUUACAAGCGUAUCAAGGCAAGGAGCCGGCUGGCGGAGCUGAGAGGGGUUCCUCGUGGCCUGUACGAUGGACCCGUGUGCGAGGUGUCUGUGACGCCCAAGACAGUCACUCCAGCCUCCUCGGCCAAGACGUCUCCUGCCAAGCAGCAGGCCCCACCGGUCCGGAACCUGCACCAGUCUGGAUUCAGCUUGUCUGGUGCCCAGAUCGAUGACAACAUUCCCCGUCGCACCACCCAGCGCAUCGUGGCUCCCCCGGGUGGCCGUGCCAACAUCACCAGCCUGGGCUAGAGCUCUCCCGACCACACGCAGCCCACUGGGGACGGGGGACGGGACACCUGAGGACAUUCUGAGACUUCCUUCCUUCCUUUUUUUUUUUUAAGAGCCUGUGAUAGUUACUGUGGGGCAGCCAGUUCAUGGGGUCUGCGGGGGCCCCGCACCCCGCUUCUCACCGGGAGUUACUGAUCUCACCCACCCACUCCCCUACACAUCUCCGAAUCUCACACCCAGGUCUGUCCACUGAGCUCGUACACGGAACCACACCCAACACUCAGACAUGCGAAACAAAGCAGGUCACGGCGAGGGUGUCCUCAUCACAAACUCCGUAGCACUUGCUAGCAUCUUCCUUUUCAUGGGGGAAGGUAGAGUGAAUUGCCCAGAGCUGCCUUUUUCUUUUCUUCUGAAAUUGUUUUUAAAAAGAUUUUUUUUUUCUUUGUGGGGCUGGGGAGGGGUCGGGGCUGAGGGGAGAGUCUUUUUUUUUAAUACUAAAUUGGAAAGUCUAAUUCAAUAUUCAUACAAGGGGUUUGAACUGGACAUCCUAACGAUGCAAUUAUGUAACCAUCGAGCUGAUUCAGGGUGGUUGGCAAACUCACCGUGCCCGUCCUGAGAGGCUCCAAGUGUCCACAUCGCCAUUCCAUAGUCUUCUGGGUCAGCUGUUGAGAAGAGGCAGGCUUUCUUUUUUGGCCUAGAUUUUGCCGCGGAUUCAUUCUUUUGAGGAGUCUCUCCACCGUUUUUCUGCUUUCUCUCUUGCUUUUUCAUUCACGGAUAUUUCCAAGUGUCUCUGCCUCUUUCUUCGUGUGUCCUUGUCUCUGAGAUGGCGCGUUUCUCUGCUUUCCUGUUGUGUCUUCAUAGAGCCAGGUCUCCCAUUUCACGGUGGUCCCAGAACCCUCCCAGAAGGAUCUGAGCUUUGCUGUGGCAACCGUAGAAUCACAGUGCCGUAAAAUGCUCGUCCGUGUGAGACUGGUGCUACCCACCCGCUGUCACGAGGAUGUGAUGCUCGAUACGCUGGCCAGGUGCAGGGUGGGGCUGAGUUAUCUCACCCACAUGUCACACGUGCCCAGGCAUGGGACCGCAGACAGUGCCGAGAUGGUGAAAUUUGAGGUUGCAGAACGGGAGAGAUUUUCCUCCGUGUGAUGCUGUCUGGCCAAAGACACAGUCAAACCUAUAAACCGAGCCCCCAAAAUCCAAGAGAGCCAACCAGCCUCACGCUAGCCACUAGCUCAGAAGUGCUAAGCUAGUGGGUGUCUGGCCCAAGGCCCAGCUGUACCCUGGGUUUCAGUAUCUUUAGGGAUUCCAGACCACACUGGGAUGUCUCACUUUGGGGGGGAAAAUUCUUUUUUCUCUUGUCCAGUUCUUUCAAAAGACGCAGUGCAAUCCAGGGUGACCCUAUACACGCAGAAAAUCUUUGGGGAAUUUGACUUCAAGUCCAUUUUACUUUUCAAGAGGAAAAAGAAAAAAAUCUAUGUUAUGAAUGGUAUGUCACGUCCCAGCUGUUGUGGGGAGAAAACCUUCCACCUGAAACACACGGCCCCCUUAGAGACCACAGGUGUUCUCGGGUCUCCGUCCCACCGCCCUCUCCUCACCUCUGUGACCAUUUCCCACUAGCUGGCAUCUUCGUGUCCUUGUUGGCUUGAGUGGCAUUUCAUUCCAGACGUUUACAGGUUCUCUUCAGCAGUGUCGUCUCUGCAGGCUUUUAAAAACCAAAUCAGCUUUUGUCACGCGUCCCAUCAAAAAAGUAGGUCAUGACAUCACUUCCCUUGUUUCUCCACACGUUUUUGCCUUUGGGAUUAUGGUUGGGGUUUUUUGUUGUUGUUGUUUAUUUGUUAUUUUAAAGGUAAAUUGCACUUUUAAAAAAUAAUUGGUUGACUUAAUAUAUUUGCUUUUUUUUUUCUCACCUGCACUUAGAGAAAAUUUGAACAAGUUGGAAAAAGAAAUUUUUUUGUUUCAAUUCUAAGAAACACUCGCAGCUCCUUUGUAUUCACUUGAGUCUUCCUGUUUUUUCCUGUACCAGGCCAUGGUAAUUUUGGUUGUUUAGAUCAUUUUCUUUAAAGAACAAUUGAAAACCUGAAGAUUCCUGCAGGCUGUGUAAGCAUGUUUACCCGUUGGCUUGCUUUGUGUGUCUGUUAAAUGAAUGUCAUAUGUAAAUGCUAAAAUAAAUCGACAGUGUCUCAGAACUGAAUAACUGCAGUGACUUGAUGCUCUAAAACAGUGUAGGAUUUAAGAAUAGAUGGUUUCUAAUCCUUGAAAUUGUGAUUGUGACCCAUGAGUGGAGGAACUUUCAGUUCUAAAGCUGAUCAAGUGUGUAGCCAGAAGAGUACUUUUUUUUUUUGUAACCACUGUCUUAAUGGCAAAAUAAUUAUGGUAAAAAACAGGUCUCGUGUUUAUUAUUCCUUAAGAACUCUGUGUUAUAUUACCAUGGAACGCCUAAUAAAGCAAAAUGUGGUUGUUUCA